AUGGGCUGUUGCUAAAAUUUUCCUAUACAAUAAAAGCAAACCAUUGUAAUGCCUCAACUAAGUAUUAAAUCUGAAUUCUCUCCAAAAACAUUAUAAAUGGAACCCUUUUCUUUAAAUUUAAUUAAAGGAGAUAUUGAUGGCUUAGAAAGAUUAGGAAGUACAUGUGAUGAUAAUAUAUUACGUGAAAAAUAGCAAAGCAAAAAACUAGAAUAAUAGUUCAGUGAGUAAAUAGAAGAAGAAGUCAUAAUUGAUUUAAGAUAGGCCCCUAGUCCAUCUUUACUUGCUAAGGAUCGAAGCAGUAGAAAUCUUAACAAUAAAUUUAUUGGUAUGCUAUGA